AAGAAACCGCGAUCGGUCGCCCUCCUCGCCGCUUCCAUCCAAAGCCGUGAUUUUUCCGCGUGUUUCGCCGUCCCGGACGUUGACGUCCGGUUAGGCCUAGUCGGCCUCGCGAGCUUGGAAUCGAUCGGAUUAGUCUCAGUUGGGGUUUGUGGAUCUCCGCGGCAAUGGGCGCCAGGGUGUCGAGUGUCAUGGGCCGCGAGACGGGGCUCGGCGACCUCCCGGAGAACUGCGUCGCCGCCGUGCUCGUCCACCUCGACCCUCUGGAGAUCUGCCGGGCGGCUCGGCUUUGCCGGACGUUCCGGGGGGCGGCCUCCGCCGACUUGGUGUGGGAGACGAAGCUUCCUAGGAAUUACCGCUCUCUGUUAGCGUUGGUUUCGGACGAGAAUGCCGUCGAACAAAGGAGGCGUCUUUGCAAGAAGGAGAUCUACGCGCGGUUGUGUCGGCCGAAUCCCUUCGACGGUGGUACCAAGGAAUUUUGGCUGGAGAAGAGCUGUGGUGGGCUUUGUAUGUCGAUUCCCUCGAGGGCCUUGCUGAUUAUGGGGAUCGAUGAUCACAGAUACUGGAAUUACAUUCCUACUGAGGAGUCUCGAUACCACUCGGUUGCAUAUCUCCAGCAAACUUGGUGGUUUGAGGUAGAUGGAGAAAUCAAAUUCUGCUUCCCGGCUGGUGCCUACAGCUUAUUCUUCCGGCUCCAUUUAGGGUGUGCCGCAAAGCGACUUGGCCGUAGGAUUUGUAUCUCCAAACAUGUCCAUGGGUGGGACAGAAAGCCGGUGCGGUUUCAACUAUCGACAUCCGAUGGUCAGCAUGUUGGAUCUAAAUGCUAUCUAGGGAAGCCUGGGAGCUGGAUCCUUUACCAUGCUGGUGAUUUUGUCGUAGAGAAUUCUGAUGAGUCCACCACCCUUAAGUUCUCCAUGAGACAAGUUGACUGUACGCACACCAAAGGCGGCCUUUGUGUUGAUUCUGUGUUGAUAUAUCCUAAGGGAUUUAGACAGGGGAAGGUCUUUACCACUGACAGGAUAACAUAGAGACUAAGCUGAAGCUGUCAAAAUAGGAGGAUAUGUAGUCAGCAAGUAAUGUAUAUACUCAUCUCAGAUCGAGCGAAAACGACGAACUUGGUGAUGUCUUGUGGACUGUCAGAAGCAUCAAAAUGAAGCUUUUGUUGGAAAUAUUUGAAUGUGUGAUUUGGAAUUAUGGUA